AUGGGUGAUCAUUCACGGCGGUCGUCACGUCGCUACAGUAUUGAUCUCCCUAUGCCUGAGCUGGAGAUGGAGUCUCCAUCUGCCGAGACUUUAUUGACAGCACUUCAAUCCACGAGCUCAUCACCACGAUCUGACACGUAUAAGCUAUCACCACCUCAACAACAAAAACAUAGCAACCGGCAAUAUCCGAAUUGGCAAGCACCCGAUGUCCCAUUGGCAACAAACGAGAUACGACGUAUCUUUCGACGUUAUGGACACAAGUUUGGAUUCCAAGAAGAUAACGUGGAGAACAUGUUUGAUCAUCUUAUGACGAUGCUUGAUUCUCGCACCUCACGAACAACACCACGUCGAGCAUUGUGGAGUUUACAUGCUGAUUAUAUUGGUGGUGAACACGCGAAUUAUCGUAAAUGGUAUUUCGCAGCACAGCUUGGAUUGGAAGAUGUGGAUGCCAAUGUUGUUGAACCCUCAUCACCUACUGGGUUGCUUGUGGAAGAAGCCAAACGAGAAUGGCGUGAGAGGAUGGAGAGCAUGACGGAUCGUACACGUGUGCAACAAUUGGCUUUAUUUCUUUUAAUUUGGGGUGAGGCGGCAACGCUACGUUAUACUCCAGAGUUGCUUUGUUUUAUCUUUAAACUUGCCGAUGACGCUCGUCAACAAGCCCAUCAGCAUCAGAAUCAACCACCAGGCUUCUUUCUUGACCACAUUGUGACGCCAUUGUACAACUAUGCCCGCAAUCAGACGUACCAGCUUGUCAAGGGUCAAUGUGUUCGACGCGAAAAGGAUCACAACAGCAUUGUGGGAUACGACGACAUGAACCAGUUGUUUUGGGAUCGACAGGCCAUAGGACGACUCAUGUUACACGAUGGGACGUUGCUACGCGACAUUCCUUGCCAUGAACGAUUCACUGGACUUGCUCAUGUCGACUGGGACGCUGCAUUUGGCAAGACGUUCUACGAGUCAAGAUCAUGGUUACACGUGCUCACCAACUUUGCACGUAUUUGGAUUAUUCAUGCCGCCGUCUUUUGGUACUACAUGGCUGCAAAUGCGGAUUUCUUGUAUCUAUCAGCAGCUGACGCAACUCAUGAACUUCCUGUCAAGCUAUCAGUGAUUGGCUUAGGUGGUCUUGUGGCGGUGACGAUCAUGGCAGCAGCUACCAUUGCAGAGUUCAUGUAUUUGCCUACGACAUCACACACUUCACGCAUCUUAUUGUCACGUCUCGUCGUCUUGCUUUUGUUGGCGGCUGCUCACGUUGGUGCAUCUGUUUACGUAUUGUGGAUCAAUCGCACAGGGCGUAUUGCUUUGAUCGUUGGUGCUGUUCAACUUGGUCUUGGCGCUAUUGUCACUUGUGCAUUGGCACUGAUACCAUCCGCACAAUUAUUCAAGUCCUCAAGUCGUCAAUUGACAUGCAAGACUUUUACAGCAAGCUUCCCUCAAAUGUCUCGAGGUGAUCGAUCCCUAUCGGUGUUGAUGUGGUUGUGUAUCUUCGUUUGCAAGUGUCUUGAAGCAUACUUCUUUCUGGCAUUGUCUUUUCGUGAUGCUCUUGCAGCUGCUAGUACCAUGGAAUUGAGUGAUAGUGCAUGUCAAGGUGACAAGUUGUUGGGCCGAUAUAUGUGUGCUGCCAUGCCAACCAUUGCUAGCGUGCUGAUGGUGCUCGUCGAGCUUGUACUCUUCUUUCUUGAUACAUAUCUUUGGUACGUUGUAUGGAGCACCUUGUUUUCCGUAUCCCAAGCCUUUCGUAUGGGUAUCUCAGUCAUGUCCUCUUGGCGUACUCUUUUUGCUCGUUUACCCACACACAUGUAUCAAAAAGUCGUGCAUCAACAUCCAGCUCUCACCACCGGCGUUGCUUGUGCUCAAAUGUGGAAUGCGAUCAUUAUUGCCAUGUAUCGAGAACACUUGCUGUCAAGCCAAAACUUGCAAUCUCUUCUUUAUCAUUGGCGACCAGCUGAAAAGGAUGAUGACAGUAUCAGCAGCAACAGCACCAAUGUGGAUAAGGAUCAGGAUGGAUAUGACAACAAUGGUGCAAGAGGCGAGAUCACGUUACCACCUUUCUUUGAUCCGGAUCAGAAAAUCAAAAAGGAGGAUUGUUUCCCAGUGCAUUCAGAAGCUGAACGUCGACUAUCGUUCUUUGCACAAAGCCUGUCAACGGAGUUUCCUUUGCCGUGUUCAGUGAAACAGAUGCCGACAUUCACCGUGUUCACACCACAUUAUGCUGAAAAGAUGAUCUUGACGUUGCGUGAAAUUAUCCGUGAGGAAGAUGAUACUACGCGUGUCACAUUGCUUGAAUAUCUCAAACGACUGCAUCCAACUGAAUGGGACAACUUUGUCAAGGAUACAAAGUUUUUGGCUGAGGAAGAAGAGUACGGCAACUUAUCGCAUGAGCAUCUUUACUCCCAAUCAAGUGCUGAGAAGCUUAUGGACGACGUUCUUGAUGAUAAGGAUGAUCUGCCAUUUUAUUGCAUUGGAUUCAAAUCGUCAAAGCCUGAAUACACGAUGCGUACGCGUAUGUGGGCGUCAUUACGUGCGCAAACAUUGUAUCGUACUGUGUCAGGAUUCAUGAAUUAUGCUCGUGCUCUCAAGAUUCUAUAUCGCAUUGAACAUCCAGAGAUGACCCUUGACAACAAUGACAUCAAGCCAACAGAGGAACGUUUGGAUGCAGUCGCACAUCAGAAAUUCCGCUAUCUGGUUGCUAUGCAACGCUAUUCAAAGUUUACACCCGAAGAAGCUGAUAAUUGUGAGACGAUCUUGCGCGAGUUCCCCAAUAUGCAAAUUGCCUACAUUGAUGAGGAGCCCAGUGAAGUCCCUGGUGAGCCACCCACAUUUUAUUCAGCUUUGAUUGAUGGCUAUUGUCCUCGGGUACCUGGAAGUUCGUAUCGACGUCAGCCACGUUACCGUAUUCGAUUACCUGGCAACCCCAUUCUUGGUGAUGGAAAAUCGGAUAACCAGAAUCAUGCAAUUAUCUUUUAUCGUGGCGAGUAUCUUCAGCUCGUUGAUGCCAAUCAGGACAACUAUCUCGAAGAGUGUCUCAAGAUACGCAACAUCUUUGGCGAGUUUGAACAGUCGACCAUCCCGCAUGAGAAAGACAUUUAUGCUCUUCAUCACAAUAAGCAUCAUCGACGACGACAACGGCGUCGCCACCAAAAAUCCGAGACCACUGAAAAGCAUUUUGAUGAUGAUGAUGAUGAGGAACAUCAACAGGAUCAAGCACCUAUUGCUAUUGUGGGCGCACGAGAAUACAUCUUUUCUGAAAAUGUGGGCGUGCUGGGUGAUGUCGCUGCAGGCAAGGAGCAAACAUUUGGCACUUUGACACAACGUAUUAUGACCAAAGCGGGUGGACGUUUACACUAUGGUCAUCCGGAUUUCUUGAAUGCUGUAUUCAUGACAACACGAGGUGGUGUUAGCAAGGCACAACGUGGAUUGCAUUUGAAUGAGGAUAUCUAUGCUGGUAUGAAUGCGUUGUCAAGAGGUGGCCGUAUCAAGCAUACCGAAUAUUUGCAAUGUGGCAAAGGACGUGAUCUUGGCUUUUGUUCGAUUCUCAACUUUACCACCAAGAUUGGCACUGGCAUGGGUGAGCAGAUGUUGUCACGCGAAUACUAUUAUCUCGGCACCCAAUUGCCCAUGGAUCGAUUCUUGACUUUUUACUAUGCCCAUCCUGGUUUCCACAUGAACAACAUCAUGAUCAUGUUUGCUGUUCAGCUAUUCCUAUUUUGCAUGACAUUUGUUGGUACCAUGGCGUCCUCUCUUCCUGUGUGCCGCACGUACAGCUCAUCACAUGCGGAUUGCUUCAACGUGACACCUGUUUACGAUUGGUUGCAAAGGUGCAUUACAGCCAUCUUUUGGGUAUUCUUUAUUGCAUUCUUGCCUUUGUUUCUACAAGAACUUACGGAGAAGGGUACAUUGAGAAGCUCGUUGCGUUUGCUCAAACAAUUCUUGUCUUUGUCCCCAUUGUUUGAAGUCUUUGUCAACCAAAUCUAUGCCAAUUCGGUGCUCUCCAAUCUCAGCUUUGGUGGUGCACGAUACAUUGCCACAGGUCGUGGAUUUGCUACUUCAAGAUUACCAUUCUCGGUUCUUUAUUCACGCUUUGCCAAUCCAAGCGUCUAUUUUGGUGCACGCACUAUGUUUAUGCUCGGCUUUGUGACCUUGACAUUAUGGAUGCCACACUUGCUGUACUUUUGGUUCACUGUCGGCUCCUUGGUUAUUUCGCCCUUUGUAUUCAACCCACAUCAAUUUGUGCUAUCGGAAUUCAUUGUUGAUUAUCGUGAGUUUCUUGGAUGGUUAUCACGUGGAAAUGGUGCUCGAUCGUAUGCACAUGCCUGGAUCACUUUUUGUCGCCAAACACGUACACGAUUUACGGGCACCAAACGUCGCAACUCAGGUCAACCAACACAUCACCACGCACCACGUGCACAGCUGUCAAGUAUCUUUGCCUCCGAGAUUGGGAUGCCACUUAUACAGGCACUUUUGUGCUUAUCAUGCUUUGUCUUUUACAAAAGCCGGCAACACUAUCACGAUCAGGAAUCUCCCAUGGGCUUUGGUGGCGCCAUUUCACGUAUCGCUUAUUUGACAGCAGGCCCCAUUGUGUGGAACUCGAUCAUGUUAUUGAUUAUGCAACUUGUUUCUCUCCUUUUGGCGGUGACUACUCGCUCCAAACGUAUUGGGUUGUACACCGCUGGUGCUGCACAUGGUCUUGCACUUUUUGGUUUUGUCAUCUUUUUCGAGCUCUUUUGGUGGAUCGAAGCAUACGAGGUGCGCUCAACAGUGCUUGGUUUAUUGGCCAUGUUUGCUUGUGAACGAUUCAUUUUCAAAGCAUUUACAGCCCUCUUUUUACCACGAGAGUUGCAAAAUGAUAUCACCAACAGAAUAUGGUGGACAGGGCAGUGGUGUGGAAGCAAGGUUGGAUUACAUGGUGCUCGAGAAUACGUAUGCAAGAUUGUUGAAAUGUCGGCAUUCACUACAGACUUUAUCCUGGGCCACUUGAUCCUCUUUGUAUUGUUCCCAUUUACCCUGGUGCCACGUGUUGAUCGUAUCCACUCGCUCAUGCUGUUUUGGCUCAGACCCUCCAAGCAAAUUCGACCAUCAGUUCUUUCUACAAGACAACGUCAACGACGCCGUCAGAUUGCACUUACUUAUGGACCCAUCUUUUGCCUAGUAUUUAUCUUUUUCCUCGCCCUCGUCACUGUUCCCCCUUAUUUCAUGACAUCUCACUCAAUCAAGUCACCUUCCAUCUAA